UCUACGUCCCAGUGAACUUUGCCUCCCAGUUCAAAUGUUCCAGAAGAGCCGCUGGCAUCAGGCCUAGUUUUUACAUUAAACUGUAGUGGGUUGUAAUGGCGAUUCACCGUUAAGAUUUUCUCUAGUGUGUAUUUCAGAUAAUCUGGCUCUGGUAGACCAAUAAUUCAUGUCACGCUUUUCCAUCAACAGAAAGAUGGCACAAAUUUACAUCAAGCGUACGAAUCUAAUUCUUAUAAAGCGAUUGACUACCUGUAUUGCGCUUUGACUGACACUGUACUAUCUACUUUAUUAAUAUGAUCUAUUACAUAAAUGCCACGGGCUGAUGUUCGCGUAAUACCAAUCCAGUAAAGAUUUGUUUAGUCCUGGAGUCGUUCCUCUAACGCUUGUAUAUGUGGGGGCUUUAACGUGGAGGAGUUUUCCACCAAUCAGAGCGCGCUUUCUUCCUCCAGAUGACCAAUAGCCUGCGCGCUCUUAAGAUGGCCCUCGAUGGCCACGAAAGUGUUGGUUAAAGACCGUAACCGCGCUAGCGAGCCCCUCCGGAAGCGCGAGAGCAGCAGACAUGUCGGUCUUCCUCGCGGAUCCAUCGGUACUGACUAAAGACAAGCUUAAAAGUGUGCUCGUGGCCAACAACGUCGCUCUUCCGGACGGCGAGCAGAGGAAAGGGGUGUACGUGCAGCUGUACCUAAGAAACCUCACCUGCCGGAACACCGCGAGCGGCGCUGCAGGCGCCUUCUCCAGCGACGAGGAGCUGCAGCCCGAGGACACGACCGCGAGCCGCUCCGGGAGGAAAGCCACUAAGAAAACAGACCGGGUCCCUCCCGAGGAGAUGGAUGUGACUGUGCUGACCAAUGAAGACCUGAAGGACCAGCUUCUGAAGUACGGCGUCAGCGCGGGCCCCAUUGUGGCGUCCACCCGAAAGGUGUAUGAGAAGAGACUGCAGAAGCUACUGGACCAGGGUGGUUCUGACACGACCCCCCCGCGUGCCAAGUGCACUCAGACGGGCAGCGGCUACAACGGCACCACACAGCACGCAGAGCAGUACAGUGACAUGGAGGGCGAGACGACACCAGCAGACCCGGAGCCCGUCCCGGUGGUAGAGAGGCCAGUGAGGAGCAGAGGAAAGCCAUCUGUUACCCCCAGAACACUCGGCAGCCGGCACAGAAUUGAGAAGUUAUCUUGCAUCGAGCAGACCCCAAAAGUGACAGAAAGAAACGUUCUCAAAGAAAUGUUCUCCAGCGAGAGUCUCAAUACUCCGACUGGAAUCAGUGCCACCUGUCGUCGCCCGAUUAAAGGCGCUGCUGGCCGGCCCGUCAGUGACGUGUGGUUGGGUGAUUUGCGUCCACGCCUCACCGAGAUCAGACGGAGCAGUUCGUCCUACACCGAGAGCCGAUCUGUGCCUCGCGUGAGCGCUGUUCCCUUCACCCCCUCUAGACCCAUGGCGCCCCCUGCUGUACAGGCCAAGGCGCGACGCCGUGUUCCGGUUUGGGUGCGUCUGCUGCUUCUGAGCGCAGUGGCUGGCUUCCUCUUCCUGGUCUACCAGGCCAUGGAGACCAAUGAAAUGAGUCCGUUUGGUCACGGAGGCAGCAAUGCGUUAGACAGCAAAUGAACGCUCUCUCGCUCCAUCUUUACUUUCACCAGAACAUCCCUACCCUCUUGACUCAGCAGCUACAGGACACUGUCGAACGACGCACUUUUUUUUCUUGAUAUGUUUUUAUGAUGAUCAUGAACCUUUCCUGUCUGUCCGUCCUUUUUCUGACUGGACCUGCUCAGACGAAGGAGCCUAGGUUAUCACUGCCUUGUCCAUGGUCUCCUCCAGAACCAGAAGAGGCCGUGCAGGUCAGCUGAGCCUACUUUGGGGGGUGUGUGUGUGUGUGUGUGUGUGUGUGUGUGAGUGAGAGAAUACAUCAUUGUUUGUUUUCAUGUUGGUUUUAAAGGGUGUGUGCAGGGGGGGCUUUUCUUGGUGCUGGGUGUGCCUUCGAGACGUUUCUAGGUGAAGAACUAACCAAAGGAGGGAGGCAGAUCGUGUGUGUGUUGUGAACGUGUCCAAAGGUGUGCUAUGAAUCAGGGUUCACGGGUUAGUCUGCUAGUCCGGCUGGGCGUGCCUAAAUCCAACCUACCGUUGUCAAGCCACAUCAGUCUGCCUUAGCUACGCUAUCAUCUAGCCUAGCGAUCCUGCUUUGUGGUGUUUGUGUGACAAAUCCUUCAUUUAUUUUUACGUAACUCUAAAAUGGAGUGUUAUUCAAUUCAGUUAACACUGCUGCCUAUUAAUGUAUUUGUGAGUGUUUUGUUUAUAGUAUAAUAAAGAUAAUGAAGACUUAUGAAGCAACAUUAUUGUUUCAGUGUAUUAGAGAUUCCAGUGUCCACAUUGGCUCCUGUCUAAAGAGCACAAGAAACCCUGGUAAUCAAAGAAGCCUUCCGAUUGGUUAAAUAUUCCUGCGCUUACAUUUGAGAGGCGAUUGCCCAUGUUGACAAUUUCUGAAUGUUUGAUUAGUUUUAAUAGAUAUAUAUUUUUUUAUUUUAUUUUUUUUAAAAUUCCCACUCUAAUCCUGGAUGUGUCCCACUGGCUGUGAGAUGAAUGCUCUCUUGAAGUACUUCUCAAACAUUUAGCCAGACUACAUGACAAGACUGGAGUGUUUCUCUUUAGUUUGUCAUUCAUUUUCUUGUAUUGACAUUAAAAAAAAAAUACUUAUAGUAUUUAUUUGUGGUCAGUGGGUGGAUGUUGCUGAGCUGGACCUGAGUAGGCUGAACAGAACGUUCGGGUGGGGGGGUUUUAUACUGUAGACAGCUUGGUGUGAUUUGAAGAAAGCAAAAUAAAACAAAGCUAAUAAAAUUAAGUUCAUAUCAAACUUU